CGCCGCCGUCCCCAUUAACAUCACCGAGACCUAUCGCCGCAGAACCACCGAAUCCACGGCAUCGGAGAGUGUAGAGGUUAGUACUAGGCGGAGGUCAAGAUGGUGUGCAUCCGGCAGGCGACUAUCGACGACCUGCUGGCGAUGCAGGCGUGCAACUUGAUGUGCCUGCCGGAGAACUACCAGAUGAAGUACUACCUCUACCACAUGCUGUCUUGGCCGCAGCUCCUCUUCGUCGCCGAGGACUACGGCGGCCGCAUCGUCGGCUACGUGCUCGCCAAGAUGGAGGAGGACCCCUCCGAGCCCUGCCACGGCCACAUCACCUCCCUCGCGGUGCUCCGCUCCCACCGCAAGCUCGGGCUCGCCACCAAGCUCAUGUCCGCCGCGCAGGCAGCCAUGGACCAGGUCUUCGGCGCCGAGUACGUCUCCCUCCACGUCCGCCGAUCCAACCGCGCCGCCUUCAACCUCUACACCUCCACUCUCGGGUACCAGAUCCACGACAUCGAGGCCAAGUACUACGCCGAUGGAGAGGACGCGUUCGACAUGCGCAAGCCUCUCCGGCAGCCGCAACCUAAGAAGCACCACCAUCACCACCACCACGGCCCCGGUGGGUGCUGCUCCCACGACGCACCUACGGCGACGACUGGUUCUUCUCCUCAGUCUUUUAGUUCGCCGGAUAAGAAGGCUAACACUUGACGGAUGAAGCAUAUCUACAGAGAGGAGUCACCAAGCCCAUUGGACUUCCGAUACGCAGCUUUUUCUAAUAGAAUGGGAAACGAAUUGUACUGUAAUUGUUUGUGUACUUUACUUUGGCUCAAUCGUCCGACCGUAUCUUUGUAAUCAGUGAGAAUGGCAAGCAAAUGUCCUUGACAUCUAUUGUUAUUGUAAAAACAUGUGUUAUAACGCUGAUUCUCAGAUUACAUUUGAUUAUUCGAGCUGACAAUUUCUUCAGGUUUUAUACAGCAGAAUGUAAUGCGCAAUAUUAUUGUCGGAUCACUCAAAUUACGGAGA